CUGACGCCGCGACUCACAACCGGUAGUAAACUAGAAACAAACGUGACUGUGGGAGUACACGUUUCUGAGUUUAUUUAAUAUUUCCGUGACAGACAAAAUUUAUUUCGGGAGGAGAGUUUUUUUUUUUUUUUAAUCCAACAUGAGUUCAUCAAUGCCUCAGAAGCGUUACUACAGACAGCGAGCCCAUUCAAAUCCGAUGGCUUACCACACGUUUGACUAUCCUGUGUGUCCAGAGGAAAUGGACUGGUCCACGCUGUAUCCAGACUUCUUCACUGGCAAUUCGUCUGAGAAGGAGACCCCACGAGUUGAGUUUGCAGACAUUGGCUGUGGAUAUGGGGGGCUUUUAGUGGAGCUAUCUCCACUUUUCCCAGACAAGCUCAUGCUGGGCAUGGAGAUCCGUGUCAAAGUGUCAGAUUAUGUUCAGGAUCGUAUCCAAUCGUUGCGUGCCGCUGAACCUGGAAGCUACCAGAACAUUGCCUGCAUUCGCAGUAAUGCGAUGAAGUACCUCCCCAACUUCUUCUCUAAAGGACAGCUCAGUAAGAUGUUCUUUCUCUUCCCUGACCCUCACUUUAAGAAGACCAAGCACAAAUGGAGGAUCAUUAGUCCCACACUGUUGGCAGAGUAUGCUUACACACUGAGAGUCGGGGGUUUGGUGUACACCAUCACAGAUGUGGAGGAAGUUCACCUCUGGAUGGUGAAGCACUUCACUGAACAUCCACUGUUCACAUGUGUCCCUGAUGAAGAACUGGUUGGGGACAUCAUCAUAAAUCGCUUGGGGACAUGUACAGAAGAAGGAAAGAAAGUGCAGAGGAACGGAGGGAAGAAUUUCCUCGCAGUUUUCCGGAGGGUCGAGGAUUCAAACUAAGACCAAACAGUUUGGACAUGCACGGAAACUGCAGUAAUGGUCUUAUGCAGCCAUUCAGACUUGAACUCUGUGGAGGAUGAUUCUGCUCUGUGGAAAUGGAGACUCUGGCCUGUUCCCCAAGCAGAUGAACAGUGAUGGUUUUUUUGGAAUCGGUGAACAAUCAUAUAUUUCCUGUCAGAGGAUUUGUUUUUGAGUUUUGUCGCAUUAUUUACAUAUGUUAUUCCUCAGCUCACAAAAGACUGCAAAUCAUAUGAGGACCUCUAUUCAGACUAGACUUGUAAACUCUUUUGUGGAGCUUCCUUUAAUUAUUGCCUCUUUUUAAAAUAAUAUUCUUCAGUUUCUUUUUGACAAAUUGACAGUGCUUUUUUGGAUUUACUGUAAAGUUGUAAAUUCUUUCAGUAAAACUACUUUACUGUUCAUUUACAGUAUUUGUAAAUGAACUGAAACAAUCA